AUGUUCGAAAAGUCACUUGUCGACCUCAUUCGGGGCCUGCGAGGCCACAAGGGAAAUGAGGCAGAGUACAUCCAAGGCGCUCUGAAAGAGUGUCGAAGUGAGAUUCGUUCCCAGGAUCUGGAUCUCAAGGCAACCGCACUACUCAAGCUCAUUUACCUGGAAAUGUUUGGCUAUGACAUGACGUGGGCCGCGUUCAACGUUCUGGAAGUCAUGGCAUCUCCGAAACCGGCACAGAAACGAGUUGGCUACCUCGCUGCCGUCCAGAGCUUCCGCCCCGAGACGGAGGUCUUGAUGUUGGCCGAGAAUCUGCUGAAAAAGGAUCUCACGUCUCCUUCGAUACCCGUACUCACGCUGCCGUUGGUGACACUGCCGCAUAUUGUGACUUCUUCCCUGGCACUUUCCAUCCUCACGGAGCUUCUGCCACGAUUGUCACAUUCGCAGCCAGCCGUGCGGAAGAAGACCAUCGUCACACUUUAUAGGCUGGCUCUGGUGUAUCCUGAAACUCUGAGGGUUGCUUGGCCCAAAAUCAAAGAACGUUUACUUGAUGAACAGGAAGACAGUAGUGUUACUGCCGCUACGGUCAAUGUCGUCUGUGAGCUUGGGUGGCGAAGGCCGCAGGAUUUUCUGCCCUUGGCACCUAGGCUGUUCGACCUGCUCCUGGCCCAGAAGAACAAUUGGAUGGGCAUCAAAAUCAUCAAAUUGUUCGCAGUCUUAACGCCUCUCGAACCAAGGUUGGUCAAGAAGCUCGUCCGACCCCUCACAAAACUGAUUCAAGAGACAACGGCCAUGUCAUUACUGUACGAAUGUAUCAGCGGCAUCAUUCAAGGAGGCAUCUUGGAUGGCACUGAAAGCGGCGUGGAUGUGGAGGAAGUGGCCGAUCUCUGCAUCUCUAAACUGAGGGGAAUGAUUGUGUUGGACGGCGAUCCGAACCUGAAAUAUGUUGCUCUCCUGGCCUUCAACAAGAUUGUGGCCACUCAUCCGGCACUGGUUUCCAUGCAGCAAGAUGUCAUCAUGGGAUGCCUGGACGACCCUGAUAUAUCGAUUAAAAUGCAGGCUUUGGAGUUGGUGUCGGGGAUGGUCAGCAGUGACAAUCUCCAAGCCGUUGUCAACCGCCUCAUAAAACAGCUCGCAGGCUCAGCGUCAGCCCACGAAGGUGUCAACGGACACACGGAAGAAGAACAGACAGACAUGGAGCAGAGGCUUGUCCCUGACAAACGAGGGUCGGAAAAUGUUCCUUUGCCAGAUGAAUACCGCUACGAAAUCAUCCGCCGAAUUCUUGACAUGUGUUCUCACAACACUUAUGCAAACAUUACCGAUUUUGAAUGGUAUAUCGAAAUACUAGUUCAUUUGGUCAGACACCUCCCGGCGGACAAGGACGGGAGUUCGUCGAGAGCUACAUUGGCAGAUGACGCCUCUUUAGGAGCCCAGGUCGGGAAUCAGCUUCGCGAUAUCACGGUCCGAGUCAAAGAACUCCGACCCGAAACGACCAAAGCGGCUGAGACUCUGGUCUUGUUGUCCAACCGCGCCAUUGCCUACCCAAAACACGGCACUGGUCAGAGUCAGGUCAUCAAAUCGGCUGCCUGGAUCUGCGGCGAAUUCGCCCUGUACUUGUCCAACCCAUACGAGGUUCUCAAUUCAUUGAUUCACGAGUCGUCUAGACAGUUUACUCCUGCCACCCUGGCAAUAGUCAUUCAAGCCAUUCCGAAGAUCAUUGCACGGAUCGCCACAGCGGCGGAUCGUGAAUGGAAUGCCUCAAGGGGCGCGACAAUGUCGCUCCUCCUCGCGAGAACUACCGAAUUUCUGGACAAGCUCUCGUCACACCCCAACCUCGAAGUGCAGGAGAGAAGCGUUGAAUUCCUGGAACUUCUGCGCCUUGCGUCAGAAGCGCUUUCUGCGCAGACCGGAGACAGUCUUCAGGCACCGCUCUUACUGACUUCUGCGGUGCCAACGCUCUUCAGCGGCGCGGAACUCAAUCCUGUCUCGGCGGCAGCGCAGAAGAAGGUUCCUCUGCCCGAAGAUCUGGACCUUGACGCGCCAAUAAAUCCGGACUUGACGACGAUUCUACAGGAUUCGCAGAUUGUGGACGUCGAGGAUCACGCAGAGGAUGCGUUCAAGUCCUUCUACCACGAUCGUGAACCCAUACAGGCCGUCACGUCGUUACAUCCGCCGACAGUAGCUUAUCUAGACUCUGCUGCUGCUUCGGAAAGUGCACCGCUCUCAUACCAAUCUGCGCCCGAGUCUCCGGGAACCAUAGCUAGGCGUAAAGCCGAACGGAUGGCCCGCAACAAGGACGAUCCGUUCUACAUCGCCCCGUCGAAUGAUAUGGACCCUCAAUUCCACGACAUCAUCAGCAAGACAAACGGUGACGAUGAACUCGACGUCGACUCGAUUCCCAUCAUUGACCUACAGAUCGAUCGGUCUCAAACCACGGCGGCGAGAGCAGGGACAGCAGAAGAACGUAGACCGCGAAAGAAGAAACCUAUCCGCAGAUUUGUCGUCGCGGCGGAUGAAACACUCGAGGCGUCCGCGGCGACCACGCCCACCUCACAGUCCCUUUCGAACUCCAGCCCCUUCGCGGCCCUCCAUCAGGCUCAGCGGACACGUUCACUCAGUCCUAACGCCCAGCCGCGCGCACAAUCUCGGCCAGCCCGCACGCUCCUUUCGGUCGAUUCAUCAACGCUCGAAACCCUUAGCCUGGAAGGGCCUGCCGAGAGCGCGGCAGAGAUGCUGCGCCGCGAAGCCGAAGAGUUGGAGAUGGCGAUCGCACUGCGCGAGGUGGAGAAGAAGAGGCUUGAGAUGCAGCGGGAAAUAGAGCGGCAGAGGACGGUGAUGGGCGAGGGGGUGGAUGCCGAGGGGACGGUUGUGCGGCGAAAGAAGAAGAAGACGUCCCGGCCGAAAGUUGGAGUAGACGCCGGCGAGGAACGGAUAGGGGUCGAGGCGGAAGGUCAUGGCGGCGAGGAGGGAACCGUCAAGAAGAAGAAGAAGAAGAAGCGGAGGGUCAAGGUUGUCGAGGAGGGUGCAGAGGGUGCAGAGGGUGCAGAGGGUGUGGAAACGGCGACUGCCACGGAGCAAUCGUGA